AUGUCCGGUGGAAACCAUCUCUUCCUCCUCGCCGACCACAUCAAGCUGUCGCUGCUUGAGCGGAAACGAGCGCAGAGCUUCAACCUCGACGACGACUCCAAAGAUGGACACAUCUCCAGGUCAUUGGACCAAUUCCGCGACGGACUAGAGGCCUUGGAAACAGAGCAGAAGAGAUUGGAAGAGGCUGGUGACGAGGAUGGUGCCCUCACAAUUGGCGACAACCUACCGGGUCUAAAGCAGCAAUACAAUGACCUCACCUCGCAAUUCCACGGCUUCUCCUCGCCCUCCACCUCCAUUACCCUCACCCACCCCAACGAUCGCGCCCUCGCCUCCGACUUCACCCACGCAACCACCUCUCCCGAAGAUACCGUCGAUGGGCCCUCUUCAAGUGCCAGCCUGCGCCCCAACGCCGGCCAACGCACCGCGUCCAAAUCCGUUCGCUUCUCCGACAACCCCCUAUCGUCGUCCUCCCGCGAUAACAACGUCGACAUCGAAGCGCAACAGCUCUUCGGCAGUCGGUACACGGACAACCCCGACAGCGAGGGCUACCGGGAUGAGGCCUCGUCCAUGGAUAACCAGCAGGUGCAUGCGUAUCACCAGCGGAUCCUAGACCAGCAGGACGAGCAGCUGGAUGCGCUGGGCUUGAGCAUUGCGCGGCAGCGCGAGCUGAGCAUGCAGAUCGGGGAUGAGCUUGAUGAUCACGUGGCCAUGCUGGACGAUGUGGACGUCGUCGUGGACCGGCACCAAGGGACGCUGGAUCGGGCGCGGAGGCAAGUGGGUAGGGUUACGAGGAGUGCGGGGGAUAACAAGCAGAUGGUGGCUAUCAUUGUGCUUAUUGUAAUUUUGGUGCUGCUCAUUGCGCUUUUGAAAUAA